AUGAAGUUAUUAAUCAUAAUACUAAGUGUAGUCCUAAAUCUAGUGUCUGCGAAGCCACUUGAAGAUGAAUUAAAAUUAUUUGAAUUGAAUCUCGAAGUUCCAUCAGACCCUGACAAGUGGAUAUAUCAGGGAGUCCUUAAACGUGAUGGCAGAAUCAGCAACGGUCAACAAGCAUCAAAUACACAAUUUCCAUGGACUGCUGAGUUAUCAAUAAAUUUAAAUAAUGGUGGAUUGUUAUGCACAGCAUCUUUGAUAUCAAAUAAAUGGAUUUUAGGUGCUCGUCAUUGCAUCGCAGACACAAACGCAGUUUCAGUUCAAGCAUCCUUGGGAUCAGCUGAUCGUCAAGCCAACAGAGUCAAAGUUUUUGCUGACAAAUUUGUGUGGCUUAAUUCUGCAUCAGGAACAAAUCAUCCAGACAUUGCCUUAUUCCAACUUUCACAAACUGUUGCCCUUAAUUCUUAUGUAAAUUCUGUAAGAUUGCCGGCAAAAUCACAAGCAAGUUUGACUUAUGAAGGACAAACUAUUACAGCUGCUGGAUGGGGUGGUGUUGGUGGCGGUGCACUGUCAAGAUAUCUUCAAUGGACACAAUUUCGAGUACUUUCAUUGAGUCAGUGUGAUUUAGGAAUUUAUUUGUGCAGUCAGCCAGCAAGUGGAAGUUCAUCAUUAGAAGGCGGUGAUUCAGGAGGUCCAUCAGUUAUUUAUGAAAAUGGAACGCCAACAAUUGUUGGGAUUAAUGUGAUGGUAGUAACGUCUGGAUCAAACAAGUAUCAAGGAUCAACAAGAGUUAAUAGAUAUCUUGGUUUCAUUAGUGAUGUCACUGGAAUUUCUCUUCGAAGUUAA